UCCUCGCAGGUUCCCUGCUCGGGCCCUAAUAACAUUCUUAAGCUUCACCUGACAGGAGCUGGGAGGGACCGCUGAGGGAGCACUGGGCCGCUUGUGAGUGCUGUGGGACGGGGGAGUGCUUUCACGUCAGAGUCCCCGGAAAUCUCAAAUAACACCAGAAAAAGUCGUUAGAUUUGUCGCUAGUCGUUAAGUUGGCAACACUGUCCGAGGCUGUGCAGUUAAAUGGACACUGGUUUGAGGAGUAAAGAGCUGCUUGAUCCUCAGCAGUAGUGACUGAUGUAAAUACAAUGGCAGAAGCUGCAGGAGCUGGUGUAGAUACCAAGCCAGAAGCUGAACACUUUGUGGAUAAACAUCAGUCUGAGCUGAUCAAGAGAGUCAGCAACGUUGGACCCAUUUUGGAUGAGCUCCUCUGCCGAAAUGUCAUCCAACAAGAGAGUUAUGAUGAAAUCAAGACUCUGCCCACUGCUGAGGAGAAGAUGAGGGAGCUCAUCAGUGGGCCACUGAAAUCCAUUCCAGGAAAAUAUAUCUUCUAUCAAAUCCUGAUUGAAAAUGAGCCAUUUCUGGUAGAGGACCUCAAGAGAAUGGAUGCUGAAGUGGUGACAGUGGGAACUAUUAAAGAGCUGCUCUUGAAAACACUGACUGAUCUGAGUUAUGAGGAGCGACAGAACUUCAAGUGGUUUCUGCAGUUCACACUGUUCCAGAGGAGCCUUCCACAGAUUCCCUGGAGCAGACUGCUGGAGGAAGACAUGGCAGAGUCCCUGGUGGAUGUGAUGGUGGAGAAAUGCGGUCAAAAGUCUUUGGAGGUGAUCAGGGAGGUUUUAAUGGACAUGAACUGGACUGAUCUGGUGCAGAGGCUGUCAGAGGGGCUUGAAGCUGCUGCAGGAUCAUCAGGUGAAGUGUUUGGUGUGAAUACCACAGAGAAAGAGAAAUACUAUGUGGAAGAAGAUCGGCCUGCACUGAUCCAGAAAGUGAGUGAUAUCACAUCUGUCUGCGAGGUGGAAUCGAUGGAGUCUGUUAUAGAGCUGCUUGUGGAAACACUAAAAGAUUUGAGUGUUGCAGAGCUCAAGGAGUUUAUCGGUGCCCUGUUGAGUCAACCUGAGUUCCACAGACCCUUUUUAAGCAUACCACUGAAGCUGCUACAGACAGCACACAUGCAGGACACAGUGUUUUUUAUGGUGCAGAUCCGCGGCCAAAAGUGUGUGAAGAAGACAGAGGAUAUUUUGAAGACGAUGAAGAGGACUGAUCUGGUGCAGAGGUUGUCAGAAAGAGGCUCAGAAUCCAAAAAGAAACACUCUGCAGAUGAACAUCGCUCUGCACUGAUCCACAAAGUAGCAACAAUAGCAGCUGUUCAACAGCUGCUUUUGGAAAUCCUGAAUGAUUUGAGUAAGAAGCAGCUCAAGAAAUUCAAGAAUAUUCUGCAGUCGACUGUCUCCCAGAAGAACCUCCCAGAUAUCUCAUGGAUGUUUAAUUACAGAGCAGAUAUAGUGAAUCAGAUGGUUCACACCUACGGCCAACAGUCUGUGGAGUUAACCAGGGAGGUUUUAAUGGAUAUGAAGAGGACUGAUCUGCUUCAGAUGUUGUCAAAGCCCAGCUCAGGACUCAAAGAGAAACAUCGGCCUUCACUGAUACAGAGAGUGGAAACGAUGGAGUCUGUCAUAGAGCUGCUUUUGAAAGCACUGAAAGAUUUUACUAAAGCAGAGCUCAAGACAUUCAAGAGCACCCUACAUCCAAUUUACCAUGAGGGACAUUCAUCCGUCAGAUCCAUGCAGCAGAAAGCAAAAUACAUCCCAUUGCUGGAUAUAGCAGACAUGCAGGGCACAGUGUGUUUAAUGGUGCAGUACUAUGGUCAACAGUCUGUGGAGGUGACCAAAGAGAGUUUAAAGAAGAUGAAAAGGACUAAUCUGGUGCAGAGGUUGUCAGACAGCAGCUCAAGACCCAAAAAAAAAUUCCGGUCUGCACAGAUCAAAAAAGCUGCGAUGAUGGGUGCUGUUAAAGAGCUGCUUUUGGAAACACUCAAUGAUCUGAGUUAUGAAGAGCAGAAGAACUUAAAGUGGUUUCUGCAGUUCACGUUAUUCCAGAGGAGCCUUCCACAGAUUCCCUGGAGCAGACUGCAGAAGGAAGAUAUGACAGAGUCCCUGGUGGAUGUGAUGGUGGAGAUAUACGGUCAAAAGUCUGUGCAGGUGAUCAGGGAGGUUUUAAUUGGCAUGAAUCGGACUGAUCUGGUGCAGAGGCUGUCAGAGACCAACUCAGGACUCGAAGCUGCUGCAGGAUCAUCAACUGAAGUGUUUGGUAUGAAUACCACAGAGAAAGAGAAACACUCUGUGGAAGAAGAUCGGCCUGUACUGAUCGAGAAAGUGGAAACAAUGGAGUCUGUCAUAGAGCUGCUUUUGGAAACACUGAAAGAUUUGAGUGAAGCAGAGCUCAAGAUGUUCAAGUGGAACCUGCAUCCAAUUUACGCACAUGCAGCCUCAUCUGUUGAAUCGGUGCAGCAGGAAACAAAAUGCAUCCCAUUUGACCUGCUAAAUAUAGCAGACAUGCAGGGCACAAUGUGUUUAAUGGUUCAGUACUGUGGCCAACAGUCUGUUGAGAGGGCCAAAGAGAUUUUAAAGGAGAUGAGAAGGACUGAUCUGGUGCAGAGGUUGUCAGACAGCAGCUCAAGACCCAAAACUCCUUUUAUUCUUUCUUUCCCCUCAGAAAAACUCUCUGUGGAUGAACUCCAGUCUGUACUGAUCAACAAAGCUGCCACGAUGAGGGCUGUUAAAGAGCUGCUUUUGGAAACACUCAAUGAUCUGAGUUAUGAGGAGCAAAAGAACUUUGCAUGGUUUCUGCAGUUCACAUGCUUCCAGAGGAGCCUUCCACAGAUUCCCUGGAGCAGACUGCAGAUGAGUUACAUGGCAGAGUCCCUUGUGGAUGUGAUGGUGGAGAAAUACGGUCAAAAGUCUGUGGAGGUGACCAGAGAGGUUCUAAUGGACAUGAACCGGACUGAUCUGGUGCAGAGGCUGUCAGAGACCAGCUCAGAACUCAAAGUUGUCAUUAACUGUGUUGCAGCUGGUGCAGGAUCAUCAGCUGAAGUGUUUGGUGUGAAUACCACAGAGAAAGAGAAACACUCUGUGGAAGAAGAUUGGCCUGCACUGAUCCAGAAAGUGGAAACGUUGGAGUCUGUCAUAGAGCUGCUUUUGGAAGCACUGAAAGAUUUGAGUGAGGAAGAGCUUGAUAUGUUCAAGAGCACCCUGCAUCCAUUUUACCUACUGGAACAUUCAUCCUCCAAAUCGAUGCAGUGGAAAGCAAAAUACAUCCCAUUUGACCUGCUGGAUAAAGCUGACAUGCAGGGCACAGUGUGUUUAAUGGUGCAGUACUGUGGCCAACAGUCUGUGGAGAUGACCAAAGAGAGUUUAAAGAAGAUGAAAAGGACUGAUCUGGUGCAGAGGUUGUCAGACAGCAGCUCAAGACCCAAAAAAAAACUGUCUGUGGAUGAACUCCAGUCUGCACUGAUCAAGAAAGCUGCAAUGAUGGGUGCUGUUAAAGAGCUGCUUUUGGAAACACUCAAUGAUCUGAGUUAUGAGGAGCAAAAGACCUUCACAUGGUUUCUGCAGUUCACAUUCUUCCAGAGGAGCCUUCCACAGAUUCCCUGGAGCAGACUGCUGGAGGAAGACAUGGCAGAGUCCCUGGUGGAUGUGAUGGUGGAGAAAUACGGUCAAAAGUCUGUGCAGGUGACCAGAGAGGUUUUAAUGGACAUGAACCGGACUGAUCUGGUGCAGAGGCUGUCAGAGACCAGCUCAGGACUCGAAGCUGCUGCAGGAUCAUCAGCUGAAGUGUGUGGUGUGAAUACCACAGAGAAAGAAAAACACAAAGAAGAUCGGCCUGUACUGAUCCAGAAAGUGGAAUCGAUGGAGUCUGUUAUAGAGCUGCUUUUGGAAACACUGAAACAUUUGAGUGUUGCAGAGCUCGAGGAGUUUAGAGAUGCCCUGUUGAGUCAACCUGAGUUCCACAGACACUUCUUAAGCACCCCAUGGAUGUGGCUACAGACAGCACACGUGCAGGACACAGUGUUUUUAAUGGUGCAGAUCUGCGGCCAAAAGUGUUUGGAGAUGACAAAGUAUAUUUUAAUGAUGAUGAUGAGGACUGAUCUGGUGCAGUGGUUGUCCGACAGAGGCUCAGGAUCCAAAAAGAAACACUCUGCAGAUGAACAUCGCUCUGCACUGAUCCACAAAGUAGCAACAAUUGCAGCUGUUCAACAGCUGCUUUUAGAAACCCUGAAUAAUUUGAGUUACAAGGAGCUCGGGGAAUUCAAGGAAAUUCUGCUGUCGAUUGUCUCCAAGAAGGUCCUCCCAGAUUCAUUGAUGUGGAGUUACAGAGCAGACAGAGCGGAUAUGGUGAAUGAGAUGGUUCACACCUACGGCCAACAGUCUGUGGAGUUAACCUGGGAGGUUUUAAUGGUCAUGAAGAGGACUGAUCUGGUUCAGAGGUUGUCAAAGCCCAGCUCAGGACUCAAAGACAAACACUCUGUGGAUGAACACCUGUCUGAACUGAUGCAGAAAGGAGCAACGAUCACAACAGACAGAGAGAGGCUUUUGGAUGUGCUGGCACAGUUGAAACAACAGGAAUUCAAAGAAUUCAAGUGGUUCCUGCAGAAGAGUGACAUCCUGACAGGCCUCCCAGGCAUCCCACGUCACCGACUGGAGGAGGGAGACAUGUUUGACGUGGUGGAUCUGAUGCAGCAGACCUACAGCCAACAGUCUGUGGAGCUGACCAAGAAGGUUUUAAUGGACAUAAGCAGAUAUGAUCUGGUUCAGAGGUUGUCAAAGCCCAGCUCAGGACUCAAAGGUCCUUCCAGAGGCCUCGAGCAUGAGGACAUUGGGAGUGCUAUGCAGGACUCCAGUGACUGGACUAAACUUGAACCUGAAGUGAACAGUACAGAUGCAGAUGAGGCUCCAACUUACAGCCUUCAAUCUGAGGCAGGAAACUUUGAGUGCAGUGUCUCUGGUUUGCGCUGGGUCUGUAAGGAGAAGGUCAGUUUUAAGUACCAGUUUUGCUCUUGGGAGGAACCUAUGGAGAGGAUGAAGAGCAUGAAAUACAUGCUUGCAGGUCCCCUUAUUGACAUUACAGUCAAUGCUGGGAAGCUGGAUGAAGUGUUCCUGCCACACUGGAUCUGCAUAGAUGACAACCCUGAAAUUAGACACAAGUUUGCAGUCCUACACAUCGAUGACUGUGGAGACGUUGUGGAAAAAGUGGCUGAGGUCACAUCGUCACAUGUCAAGUUAUCAGAACCAGUUUUUUCUCCACGAGCGGUCCUGAUGAAAGUCGGCUUUCCUGUGAAGAUAAGCUGUGAUGUGUUAAUAUACUAUCGACCCAACACACCAUUCCUCAAACUCCACGUGUACCUGAUCCCACAUGAUCCUGCUCUAAAACAGGCGCUGAACAAGAAGAAAUUCUCUGAAGGAUUUGAACUAAUCCAGAAGUCACGCCCAGACAUUUACCUGAAAAUGCAGCAGGGUUUUAACCUCGGAGCAGACUUGGACACUGCCAGAAUUCUCCCAGAGAGAAUAACCCUCAGAUAUGAUAGCCAAGACCCAAAUUUCUAUGAAGUGUUCAUUGAGAAGCCAGGAAGGAACUUCUACCUUAACCUCUCCCACAUAAGUAAGAGUGGACAACGGUAUGAACAAGUAUGGACCUGUGAAAUUCGCAAAGAUGACUAUCAAAACUGUGCUCGUUUAGAAGACAAACAUUCUGUGGAUGAACACCUGCCUGAACUGAUGCAGAAAGGAGCAACAAUCACAACAGACAGAGAGAGGCUUUUGAAUGUGGUGGCACAGUUGAAACAACAGGAAUUCAAAGAAUUCAAAUGGUUCCUGCAGGACAGUGACAUCCUGACAGGCCUCCCAGGCAUCCCACAUCACCGACUGGAGGAGGGAGACAUGUUGGACGUGGUGGAUCUGAUGCUGCAGACCUACAGCCAACAGUCUGUGGAGCUGACCAAGAAGGUUUUUCAGAAAAUACACAGGAAUGAUCUGGUGCAGAAGCUAUAAGACGUCAGCUUUCAUUGAAUAGAUACUGGCUGGAAAUCAUCCACAUGUUGAACUGAUGAAUUAUGACGCAAAACAAAAUGCAACUACUCAGGUACUACACAGUACUGCGAUCUUUAGCACAAAGGAGGAGGUGUUGAUGUAUGAGCACAUUAUUCAGAGUUUUUUAUUCAUGUCAGUCAAACUGAAUUUCUAAAGUUUUUAAACUUGAAUAGUGAAAUUAUUGUAACUUUUUUUAUACAGGAAAACAAUGCAGCAGUCAAAAUGUGCUGCUAUUAUUUUCAAGCAACAGUGUGUGAAAGUCUUAUAGUCAAACGGUUAUGAAGGGAAGGAAUGCAUGCACAUAACAGUGUUUAAAAAAUGACAUGUACAAAUGGAACAAAUGCUUCAGAAAUAAAAAACUAGCGUGUCAGUUACAGAACAUCUGGGGCCAAAUGUGUAAACUAAACUGUGUAUUCAGGUGUAGAAAUCUGUGUACAAACUAUAGAUUAAAUCAAAGACAAUUUAAGAAAAUAAAAAUCACUUUUCUUUUGCCAACUUGCGACAUCACACUAAUACUAAAGGUGUUUACGAUGUGUACCAGUGUGCACAUUCUCAACCGUGGAUUUUUAUACAUUUGGAAAUCUGUGGAAAGUAGCAUAGAUUAAUUUUUUCGCGAAGAAAGUCAAAUUCAAACGUGAUGAAUUACUCUUCUUCUCCUGUGAUUCAUGUUUUGAAUCAUUUGAGGUCUGUGAUCUGACUUCAUAACACCAACCUAAAUAAAACAAUAAAAAUUGGUCAUUGUUAAUAAAUUAUGUACAGUUUUGACCUCAAUGUAUUUUUUAUUCUCACGUUUAUUAUAUAUUUUUUAUUUUUGUCUUUUUAUAUUACCUUAUUUUUGAACUGUACAUUUGUCUUGAACUUUCUGAUGUCUUACAUAAAGCACUUUGAAAUGCCUUGUUGAUGAAAGGUGCUGUACAAUAAUCUGAAUUUAUCAGGCAGCCAUUAACUGUUUGUUGAACAAGGAUUGUUCGAAAUGUUUUGUAUUUUAAGAUUUGCAAUAAAUUUACCCGAUUUCUCUGUGAGUUU